ACUUCAAACCUCAAAAUAUCAAACCCUAAAUCCCCAUUUCAAAAAUCUCUCUCUUCUCCACACUCACUCUCUCUCUAAGCUUCUAAAAAUGGCACCAACACCAUCAUCCUCCUCACAACCAAACCAAACCCAAUUCACCUUAACCAGAACCCCACAAACCAAACACCGCCUCAAUUUCAACUCCAAAACCCCAAACCCAGACCAUACCCCACCGGAGCACCCGGUCGAAGUAAUCGGCCGGAUCCGAGACUACCCAGACCGCAAGGAGGAGAAACCACCUUCGAUCCUGCAAGUAAACCCAGACAACCAAACGGUCCUCCGAGUCAGAGCCGAUGCCGAGGGUGGGUACAGAGACUUCACCCUCGACGGAGUGUCUCUCUCGGAGGAAGAAGGUGUGGGAUCGUUUUACGAGAGGUUUGUGGAAGAGAGGGUUAGAGGGGUGAAGGGUGGGGAUAAAUGUACGAUCGUGAUGUAUGGACCUACUGGCGCUGGUAAGAGCCAUACCAUGUUUGGUUGUAAGAAGGAACCUGGGAUUGUGUAUCGGUCCUUGAGGGAUAUUCUCGGUGGAGAUGGUGUUGGCUUUGUCCAGGUCACUGUUCUUGAGGUUUAUAAUGAGGAGAUUUAUGAUCUCCUUUCCACCAGUAGUAGCAACAAUUUAGGGAUUAAGGGAGGAACCACUAAGGCCAGGCUUGAAGUAAUGGGGAAGAAGGCAAAAAAUGCAACCUUUAUUUCAGGGACAGAACCUGGGAAAAUCUCUAAAGAAAUUGUCAAAGUGGAGAGACGGAGGACUGUUAAAAGCACACUUUGCAAUGAAAGAAGUUCCCGGAGUCACUGCAUUAUCAUACUUGAUGUGCCAACUGUUGGGGGAAGGUUGAUGCUUGUUGACAUGGCUGGUUCAGAGAAUAUAGACCAAGCUGGCCAAACUGGAUUUGAAGCAAAGAUGCAAACUGCUAAGAUCAACCAAGGAAAUAUUGCACUGAAGCGAGUUGUAGAAUCUAUAGCAAAUGGAGACUCUCACGUGCCUUUUAGAGACAGCAAGCUGACUAUGCUGCUUCAGGACUCUUUUGAAGAUGACAAGUCAAAGAUUCUAAUGAUCCUAUGUGCGAGCCCUGAUCCAAGGGAAAUGCACAAGACUCUCUGCACUCUAGAGUAUGGGGCAAAAGCAAAGUGCAUAGUUCGCGGGUCACAUACUCGGAACAAAGAUAAGAAUGGGGGUGGGGAGUCUUCUUCAGCUGUGAUCCUGGGAACAAGAAUAGCAGCGAUGGAUGAGUUUAUUUCCAAACUCCAGUCUGAGAAGAAGCAAAAAGAAAAGGAAAGGAAAGAUGCACAAAAGCAGCUGAAGAAGAAGGAAGAUGAAGUUGCUGCUUUGCGAUCUCUUUUAUUACAGAAGGAAGCAUGUCCCACCAAUGAAGAGGUAAUCAAAAAGAAAGUUAACGAGAGAACCAUGAGUUUGAAAGCUGAACUAGAGAAGAAACUUGAGGAAUGCAGAAGAAUGGCUGAGGAGUUCGUUGAGAUGGAGAGAAGGAGAAUGGAAGAAAGGAUAAUGCAGCAGCAAGAGGAACUGGAUAUGCUGAGAAGAAGGUUGGAGGAAAUCGAGGUUGAGUUCCGGCGCUCAAGGGGCACUGAUGAAACCAGUGGGUUUGCCAAGAGACUCAGGAGUCUUUACUCGGAUGAUGACAUGGUGAAGUCAAUGGAUCUUGACAUGGGGAAGUCGAUGGAUCUUGACAUGGGUGAUCCAGAAACAGUUAAGCAAGUAUGGGGAGCUGCUGUUUCAUACCAAUCAAGCAACACAACCAGCAGCAAUUUGUCUAACGUUUUGCAACCAAAGACUCGAGAGAAUAUGAUGUACCCUGACCGUGUUUGCCUGAGCACUGUCUUUGAAGAAGAAGAGGUCGAAGAAGAUGAAGAGAAAGUGAUAGUCGAGGAUAAAAGCAUCUGCUCGAUAACAACACCAAUGCCUUGUUUGAACUUUGAAGGCUUGGGUAAAGAAAACUGCUUGAACAGUACCACUGACGACAAAGAAUCAGCAUCUUCUAGAAAGGUAAGAAUUGAAAAUAUAUUCACCCUUUGUGGCAAUCAGAGAGAGCUCUCUGGAAAAGAUAAGGUUCUUCAAGCCAAGAAUGAUCAGUUGUUUCCUGCAACGAAUAAGGCUGAAGCUCUAGCAGUAGAGGAAGCAAAGGAAAACAAUAUCACAGUUGAUGGAAGUAAAAACGGGCAGAUAGAUAAGAAGAUGCAAUUUACGCCCAUAUCAAAAGUACACUGAACCACCAUGAAAUUGAUGGGACUUUCAUCACCCGUUGUAGCUCAUCUCAGCUCCACUCCGUUCAUCACUCUCAGAAGAUAUUAGUAGCUGCUAUGUCCUUCUUCUUUAGUCUGUUCAAAGGUAGACUUAUAUAGAUGUAAGCUUUGUCUAGUUCUCAGUGUUGGAAAAGAACCACCACAUCUUCAACAAUAUAUGCUAAGAAGACAUUAGUGGCUUAUGUCU